AAUAUCUCCCUUCUGGUUUAUAAAAGGACCCACACAGGACAGAUGCCCUAUAAGUACUCCCAAUGUAGUAAAUGCUUUACCAAGCAAAGUAAUUCACACAGGAGAGGAACCAUAGGAGUCUCCAGUUUUUCCAACCUGGUGAGACACCAGAGGAAUCACACAAGAGAAAAAUCCUUUGAAUGUCCUGAGUGUGGGAAACGUUUUGUUGCAAAUUCCUUCCUGAGGACUCACACAGGAGACAAACUAUACGAAUGUCCAGUUUGUGGGAAAAGUGUCACUUCCCAUUCUAACCUUGAAUGUGGGAAAAGUUUCAGUCGUAAUUCCGAUCUGGUGAUGCACCAGAGGACUCACACAGGAGAGAAACCCUAUAAAUGUUCUGAAUGUGGGAAAAGUUUUAGUCAUAACCAAAGGACUCACACAGGAGAAAAACCCUUUGAAUGUCCUGAAUGUGGGAAAAGUUUCAGUCGUAAUUCUGAUCUGGUGAUGCACCAGAGGACUCACACAGGAGAGAAGCCCUAUGAGUGUCCUGAAUGUAGGAAAAGGUUCACUAAGAAUUCCCACCUCGUGAUGCACCAGAGGACUCACACGGGAGAGAAACCCUUUGAAUGUCCUGAAUGUGGGAAAAGGUUCACUAAGAAUUCCCUCCUGGUGAUACACCAGAGGACUCACACAGGAGAGAAACCAUUUAAGUGUCCACUUUGUGGGAAAGGUUUUGUUGCAAAUUCCCUCCUGGUGAGACAUCAGAGGACUCACACAGGAGAGAAACCCUUUGAAUGUCCUGGUUGUGGGAAAAGUUUCAGUCAAAAUUCCCACCUGGUGAUACACCAGAGGACUCACACAGGAGAGAAACCGCAUGAGUGUCGAGAGUGUGGGAAAAGUUUCUGUUACACUUCUCUGCUUGUAAAACACCAGAGGACGCAUACAGGAGAGAAACCGUAA